AUGGCAAAUGUAGAACGAAGGCCUGCAGUUGGGAAUGAAAAAUCAAAUCCUUCGAAGAGACACAGAGACCGUCUGAACGCGGAACUGGACCACCUGGCCAGCCUCCUUCCUUUUCCACCUGACAUCGUAUCAAAGCUGGACAAACUUUCUGUCUUGCGCCUUAGCGUCAGCUAUCUCCGAGUCAAAAGUUUCUUUCAAGCUAUUCAAGAAAAGCACUUUAAGAAGCAAGAUGGCCAAACGAUAAAAGAAGACAAUAUAUCUAACAAGACUGCUGUACAAGAAGGUGGACUGCUACUAGAAUCACUGAAUGGUUUUGCCUUGGUGGUGAGUGCAGAUGGAAUGAUAUUCUAUGCAUCAUCAACAAUUGUGGACUAUCUAGGGUUUCAUCAGACUGAUGUAAUGCACCAAAACAUAUAUGAUUACAUUCACGUGGAUGACCGCCAGGAUUUUUGUAGACAACUGCACUGGGCCAUGAAUCCUCCCCAGAUGUUGUCAGGACAGCAGCUACAGUCAGAAACAGGAGAAGAAUAUAUUCUCAGUAAAUUGUUCAAAGCACAAGAGAAUGACAGCAUGACAACAGAUUAUUCUUCCUUUUUAACUCGCUGUUUCAUCUGUCGAGUUCGCUGCUUGUUGGACAGUACUUCUGGAUUUCUUACAAUGCAGUUCCAAGGCAAACUAAAGUUCCUCUUUGGACAAAGGAAGAAGUCCUCAUCAGGAACAGUACUGCCACCUCAGCUGUCUUUAUUCUGCAUAGUGGUACCACUUCUGCUCCCUUCUGUGACAGAGAUGAAGAUGAAAAGCCUGCUUGUGAGAGCAAAACACAAAGCUGAUGAUGCAGCAGCAGCGAACACAAACUCCAGUUCAAAAGGCAGUUCAGGACUUUCUGAAGCAACAGAAUUAUAUGGAAGAAACAAUCACCAUGAAGGUGCUGCCUUCACUAAUGCAUUACAGAUUGCUGAAAACCAAAUCAAAGCAAAGAAUAAUGGAGAAAAUGGCAUUUCUCUAGUUAAAGUACAAACAAAUGAAGAUCACUGGGUCUGGGUUCAAGCUAACACUCAACUUCUCUAUCGAAGUGGUUGUUCAGAAUAUGUCCUUACCCAACAGCAAAUGUUAAAGGAAGAAGAUGAGCAACUGAAGAUACUAAGUGGUUUUGCCAGUUUGAAAGGAAACCUGGAGGGGCUUUCCUAUAACAGUGCCAUUGAAACUCUGGGCCAGUGGAAGCAUCUUAACUGGGCAGCAGUGAAGAAUGAACAAGAUAAUGUAAAAGUGAAGUUUGAGCCUCAUACUAAUGGUGAGUGUUUUAUGCAAGAGGAACCUCUGAGUUCUAACACAUCAGUUUUAGGCAUACAAAACAACUGCACCACAAACAGUAGCUGGACUUUAAGAAACUCCAGUUCUUGUUCCAUGAGCCAGAGAACGAACCCAUGCCCAAACAGGAGAGCUGGAUCAUUCUACAACAGAGACCAACAUUUUUUAAAUUUGGCAUCAACUUGUCCUUCCCACUGGGGGAAUGCAGAAAAUGGCCAGCCUUACUCGGGGCUCCAACAGCGCUGUGCAGAGAACUAUGCCACAGACCACCUGAAGCUGCAGAGACCAUUAAUAUCCUCAGAGUCUCUCUAUGACACAGCCGUUCCCUUGGAGAUGCCUAUCAAAACGGAAUACGACUCUGAUUCUGAAAACGUUGCUGAUAACUACCUGCUUUCGCAGGGCCGAGCCUGGCUGGAUGAGAGCAGCUCAGUGAGAAAGCAGGUGUCCAGCUAUCCCAAUAGAAUGCACCUCAAAAUGGAGCCGGACCUCUGUGAGCCAGCCUUGCCAUGCCAGAAGGCAAGGCACUGCCUUUACACACCCCAUAAUUGGCAAUGCAUCAUAGCAAAUCAUCCCAACAACCUCAACUUGAACAGAGCUUGCAAGGGUUCACGGAACAAGGAGGUGCCCCCCUUUUGCCCUCAGAACUCCUCUGUGUGUUUGGAAAGCAUGCCUGACCUAUCACACACAGCUUGCUACAGCCACUUCUACAGCCCCAGCCCAGGGGAGGAGAAAGAGCCAAUUAAUGAGGUGUUCAAAAUGCCAUGUGAAUUUAAAAACCCCUGCUUGGUUCAAGCAAUCAAGCGUGAGCCCCUAGAUUCUCCACCAUUGUCCAACAGUGGACAGAACAGAGUACACACAAGCUUCCCUGAAAAUACAUUAGCAGGUCCUGUACCUCAUAAAACCACAGAAUGUACAUUUUUGCAAUAGAUUUUAUAACAUUUGAAAUAUUUAUAAUGUUAAAAGCAGAAGUUGUAGAUUCUCUUCCAGUUGAGUUAAAUGACUUACUAAAAUCAAAAGCCAGUGGAAAUAUUUUGAGAAUAUGUGUGUGUGUGCACCUGUGUGUGAAAAGAAACAGACACAGGUACACACAGCCUACCCCCUGCUACUGCCCUUCUUUUAGUCAUCUUUGGAAAGAAGAAAGAAAGAUAAAACCUCAGGCGCAGAAAAAGAAUCAUUACUUGCUGCACAAGUAUACCUGAUCAUUUUUCCUUAUCACCUUUCCUCUCUUGUCAUUAGCAAAGUCUAACAAUUUCUGUUUUCUUUGUUCUGUUUGUUUUUCUCAAGCUGAUGCAGUGCCUCUGUGCAAAUCAAAAAUGUUUAUGGUCUUCAGUGUGGUCAGUUUACCAUAAGAGUUUUUGCUUUAUAAUUAUUUUUCACUCUUAUAAGAAGGAUCAGAUAUUCCUUCAUCCCAGCAUUAAAUUAAUGGCAAUAGGAAAGAGCUUCCCAACACAACUUCCUACUUUAAAAGGACCACAUAAGUAAAAACAAUGACUUGCAUAAAUGAAUUAGAAAUUGUUUCACUUCAAACUGAAGUUACUUCUAAGUUUCUUGAUAAUAUUAUUGUUUUAGAAUCCAUAUUUUUCCAUUUCAUUGCCAUCAGCCUUUCAUGUUGCUGCUGAAAGACUGAACAAUGGAAUGUAAUCUACUUCUAUAAACGAGUUACAAAAUGCUGUUAAGUAUAUGUGAUAACAACGUAUUUCUCCUGUUAUUUUCCUUGAUGUUACUAGUAACAUCAACAAAGAAAAUGCACUUUUUAACUUGAUAGUAUUUUUUGACUGACAGCAGUUUGUUAGAUAUUGUCACCCUACAUCAAAACCAAAUCCCACAUAAGAUUAUUUUCAAAAACAUACUAGUUUCAAUCCCAAAAGAAACCCUUAAUCUCACUGAGAAGUGGAUGUAUACUUUUCAAAGGCACUUUAGUGCUUUUGAAAACAGAGUGUAUACUUUUCUUUGAAGCCAGACAGUAAUGCGUUUCCACAAGAAAAAAAUAAAGCUUUAUUUUGGGUUUUGUUAUUGUUGUAGUUUGACUCCUGCACUAACUUUUUUUUUUUUUAAAUUGCACUAUUUCAACUUUAUAUCAACUUCACCUAUAUAACAACAACAUAAUUUUAAAAAAAAAGCUUAGAUGUAUGUAUAUGUGCUUUUUGAAGGAAGCCCUGUAAUGAAUGUUUUCUUUUUCAAAAUGUUAUAAAUAAUUAUAAUGUCUUCCUUUAUCUGUUAGUCAUGAAAGGCAUGGCUUUACAUGCCAGAUGAGUGGCAUAAAAAUCUCCCAAAUGCUUUAAAUAUGUAGGAUAAGUGGAGUUUUCAGGUAGUGCAAUGGUUCUGUGCCCGGGAGGCUGCUCUUCUCCAAGAAGACUGACCAUCUCUUCUGAUAGAAUUUACUGCCUGUACAUUACAGCUGGCAGAUGUAAAGAUACUAAUUCUCUGCAUGUUAGUGCAUAUAAACUGUGGUAUGAAAUGCUGCACACUGGACAGCAAUGAGGGGUAACAACAUGUUACUAUAUCUUGGGUUAAAUCUGUCAUAGUCCAGUUGACCAUAUCCAAGCCAUGAGAAUGUUUCCUUUUUUGUGUCCGAGGUACAUCAGCUUCCUUUAGGCCAUGUGCUGCCUCUUGUUUGAGACAGUCUCGAUAUCCUUGCUCUAAUACUCCUGCCAGUUGCUGCAAUGCAAUAUCAGACCCUGUUCUGAAGUGAGAUCACAGUGGUGGAAUUUACACUGCUCUCCAGUACACCACUGCCCACAUCACAUAAAUUCAAGCCAAACUGCAAAAAUACUUGUGAGCAAACAAACCUGUUCUUCAUACAGAGUGAGACUACCAUUAAUCAGUUGCUGCACAUAAAUCAGGUUGCUGUACAACCUCUGCCUCACUGAUUUACUAUCUACAUGGUUGCAAGCAGCAGUUCUUUAGACUCUCACAGAGUUGCUGUCAUGGUCCUUUGCUUGGCAUGCAGCAGUGCGCUGGAGAACUGUGCCGGUGCCAGACACUACUGUGUGCCUCAGAGCUGCUUGUAGGGCUGUGCUAUGAACCCUGCAAUAUUCUCCAGUCCAACUCCUUGUGCAGAUGCCUGGCAGAAACGAGUUGAUGGGGAGAUAGGGUAGUGUGGGAAUAGAGGGCUGGGGGCAAGAGGAGAACACACCUGCAUGACCUCUGACAAGCUGCUUGUUUAAUUCCACACUUGGAAUCACUGUCACACCCCUCUGAAUGAGAGUACCUGGGGUUUCACAUUGCCUGGCACUUUCUCACAUAAUUUGCAUUGAUGAAGUGCGACUCUAAAACCCAUUAUCUUCAUCUGGACAUGCUGAUGCCAUUUUGCACAAUGGGAGUGGUUACACCAGGUGCAACUCUGCAGAGGACUGUGCCACCAAAAGCCUUCUCUGUCCUUAGAAAUACUACCUGCUGUGACUACAAUGGGAGAGCUGCCAGGUCUCUGAGUGCAGAAGCAACUUAUACUAACAACAGAAAUUCUCUAAAGUUCUCCCUGUUACAAAAUUCAUUCUUUUUUUUUU